CUUUCGGGUUGGGUGGAGGACGCGGCUGCUGCAAGCCCUCUCGGCUCUGAUCCACGCCGCAGAUUCCAGGAUUCUACAAGCAAGAGAUAUCUUAGAAAUCAGGGCUGGGCAGGCAGGAGCCAGGAAAGGGGCCACAAUGACUUCAACAGUACUGGUGGACAUACAAGAAGAGGUGACCUGCCCCAUCUGCCUGGAGCUCCUGACGGAACCCCUGAGCUUAGACUGUGGCCACAGCUUCUGCCAAGCCUGCAUCACACCCAAUAGCAGAGAAUCAGGGAUUGGUCAAGAAGGGGAAAGAAGCUGCCCUGUGUGCCAGACCAGCUACCAGCUUGGGAACCUGCGGCCUAACCGACACCUGGCCAACAUAGCGGGGAGGCUCAGAGAGGUGGUGCUGGGCGCUGGGAAGCAGCCGAAAGCAGUUCUUUGUGCAGACCAUGGAGAAAAGCUGCAGCUCUUCUGUAAGGAUGAUGGGAAGGUCAUUUGCUGGCUUUGUGAACGGUCUGAGGAGCACCGUGGUCACCACACGUUCCUCAUGGAGGAGGUUGCCCAGGAGUACCAGGAGAAGUUUCAGGAGUCUCUGAAGAAGCUGAAGAAAGAACAGCAAGAAGCUGAGAAGCUAACAGCUUUUAUCAGAGAGAAGAGGAUGACCUGGAAGAAUCAGAUGGAGCCUGAGAGAUGCCGGAUCCAGACAGAGUUUAAUCAGCUGCGAAACAUCCUAGACAGAGCGGAGCAGCGGGAGCUGAAAAAGCUGGAGGAGGAAGAGAGGAAAGGGCUGUGUAUUAUAGAAGAGGCUGAGAAUGACCUGGUCCACCAGAGCCAGUCGCUGAGAGAGCUCAUCUCGGAUCUGGAGCGUCGAUGUCAGGGGUCAACAAUGGAGCUGCUGCAGGAUGCGAGAGAUGUCACAGAAAGGAGUGAGUUCUGGACCCUGAGGAAGCCAGAAGCUCUCCCUACAAGGCUGAGAAGUAUGUUUCGAGCCCCAGAUCUGAAAAAGAUGCUGCGAAUGUUUAGAGAGCUGACAGAUGUCCAAAGUUACUGGGCCUUGAAAGGAGUGUUAGGCAGAAGGCCUCCUUUGUUUUCUGGAGUGAGAAACCAGAGAAGCCAGGGAAGCAGUGCAAUGGCUUCAAAAAUCUUGCUUAACCUGCAAGAGGAGGUGACCUGUCCCAUCUGCCUGAAACUUUUGACAGAACCCUUGAGUCUAGGCUGUGGCCACAGCCUCUGCCAAGCCUGCAUCACUGUGAACAACAAGGAGGCAGUGACCAGCCCGGGAGGAAAAAACAGCUGUCCUGUGUGUGGUAUCAGCUACUCAUUUGAAAAUCUACAGGUUAAUCAGCAUCUGGUCAGCAUAGUGGAGAGACUCAGGGAAGUCAAGUUGAGUCAAGACAAUGGGAAGAAAGAUCUCUGUGAUCGUCAUGGAGAGAAACUUCUACUCUUCUGUAAGGAGGAUAGGAAGGUCAUUUGCUGGCUUUGUGAACGGUCUCAGGAACACCGUGGUCACCACACAUUCCUCAUGGAGGAAGUAGUCCAGGAAUGUCAGGAGAAACUCCAUGCAAUCCUCAAGAGGCUGAGGAAGGAGGAAGAGGAAGCUGAGAAGCUGGAAGCUGACAUCAGAGAAAAGAAAACUUCCUGGAAGUAUCAGAUACAAACUGAGAAACAAAGGAUACAAACAGAAUUUGAUCAGCUUAGAAGAAUCCUAGAUAGUGAGGAGCAGAGAGAGCUGAAAAGAUUGGAAGACGAGGAAAAGAAGACGCUGGAUAACUUGGCAGAGGCUGAAGACGAUCUAGUUCAGCAGAAGCAGUUGGUGAGAGAGCUCAUCUCAGAUGUGGAGUGUCGGAGUCAGUGGUCAACAGUGGAGCUGCUGCAGGACAUGAGUGGAAUCGUGAAAUGGAGUGACAUCUGGAGGCUGAGAAAGCCAAAAACUCUUUCCCAGAAACUGAAGACUGUAUUCCAUGCUCCAGAUCUGAGUAGGAUGCUGCAAAUGUUUAGAGAACUGACAGCUGUCCGAUGCUACUGGGUGGAUGUCACAAUGAAUCCAGUCAACCUGAAUUUGAAUCUUGUCCUUUCAGAAGAUCAGAGACAAGUGAUAUCUGUGCCAAUUUGGCCUUUUAAGUGUGAUAAUUUUGGUAUCUUGGGAUCCCAAUAUUUCUCCUCAGGGAAACAUUACUGGGAAGUGGAUGUGUCCAAGAAAACUGCCUGGAUCCUGGGGGUAUAUUGUAGAACACGUUCCCGCAAUAUAAAGUAUGUCAUUAGAAGACGUGCAAAUCAUCAAAAUGUUUACUUCAAAUAUAGGCCUCUAUUUGGCUACUGGGUUAUAGGGUUAGAGAAUAAAUGUAAGUAUAGGGCCUUUGAGCAGUCUUUGUCCUCUGAUUCUGAGGUUUUGACUCUCUCCAUGGCUGUGCCUCCCUGCCGUGUUGGGGUUUUCCUAGACUAUGAUGCAGGUAUUGUCUCCUUUUUCAAUGUCACAAGCCAUGGCUCCCUCAUUUAUAAGUUCUCUAAAUGUUGCUUUUCUCAGCCUGUAUAUCCAUAUUUCAAUCCUUGGAAGUGUCCAGCUCCCAUGACUCUGUGCCCACCAAGCUCUUGAAUUUUCUCAUUUCUUCACCUACAACCCUCUGUCUUGACUCAUCUCCUGUAUCUGACUUAUCUGUAACAUUCAGACCAUUGCUUCCUUGUGGUCUCCCUUCCUUACUUUAGAACUUUCACUCAUCCUUGAGAUGUACAGUAUAUUUGGCUUGAGUUAUGAGAGAUGCUUAUUUAUUCAUUGACUCUUUUUCAUAUUUUCAGAGAAAGUUACCUAAUCCCUCUUAAAGGCACAGCAGUAUUGAUAUAAUAUCCUUGCCUUCUCAUUUCUCUGUGUUUUGCUUUAUCACUGAUGUGAAGAGGCCCAGAGCCUGUUAGCCACCAUACAUGCUACCUAGGUGGUUCAUAGGAACCACCCCAUGACGACCACCAGCAUCAACUGAAGGUUCUUGCAGAGUAUGUCAGUGUGUUGCUCAGGAUAUCCCAGGUACAUCAAGGAAUCAGUAGAGAAAAAUCUAAUCAAUAUGUGUAUUCAGAGAGAUUUUUUAUGUCCAGAGUAUUUGAGCUCAAACCCCAUCUCUUGUUUUCUAAUCAUGUUGAAUACUUUCUCAUUUUUUUAUCUGAAAUACAAAUUGUGAUUUAAGCCUGCACCUGACAUUUUGGGCUGGAUGAAAAAAGAAAGAAAAGAAAAAAAAGACUGAACCUAACUAUUAAGAUCAUUGUGUAAAACUAGAUGUCUCUAAAUGUAAUGCACCAAUUUAGUGUCUGGAACAUAAUAAAUA